CCACCCAACCCCUAUCUGAAAUGGCUGCAGCUGCGUCGAAAGGACCUACCGACAAGACUCUCCGCGUCGGCAGAGCGAAGUACUACCCCAAAGAAAUUUGGUGGUUCAUCGUCUGCCUCAUCGCAGUGGUCUCUCUCUGCCACAUCGGCAACCUCCUGCUCUCUAAAUGGCGUCAAUGGCGGCAGUCAUCUAGGAAGACAGAUCCUGAGCGCCAAGGUAGCACACUAAGACGCGGGGCUGUCUACGUGACGAGGAUCCCCCUGGCUCUUGUCAAUGUAUACCGCGUCCUUGCCUUCCGCUGCACCUUGCAGAUUGGGAGUUCGUACUCGCUUUGUCUCGCCGACGUGUUCCUUACAUGCACAUACAUCGCCAUCAUCUUUGGGUGGGCCUUGACCAACACUACUGACUUGGAGCACAAGAAGUUCGACGAGAGCUUCUAUAGCAAUCGUGCUGGAACCCUCGCCGCCAGUCAAUUCCCUCUCAUUGUUGCUCUUGGCACAAAGAAUAACCCCAUCUCCCUCUUGACCGGCAUAAGUUAUGAGAAGAUGAACAGUCUUCAUCGGAUGUGCUCACGAGUGUUGUUCGUCCUGCUGUGGCUGCACGCAGGGUCUAAGUUUGCGACAAAGACUGUGACUCCCGAGGACUGGCCAACGGCUUGGCUUCGCGUGGGCCUCAUGGCAGUUGUCGCUUUCUGUGUUCUUAUCAUUAUCUCGUUGAGACCCAUACGAGCCAGAGCGUAUGAGUUCUUCUUUUAUACGCACCUCGUUUUAGUCUUAAUAAUAUUACUCGGUGCUUACUUCCACGCUCGGAACUUCGACUUCCACCAAUAUGUCUGGCCAUCGUUCUUGAUCUGGGCCCUGGAUCGCUUCAUCCGAGUCGCCCGCGUCGUGUACUUUAAGGUCGUAUCAUAUAUUGGAGCCAGGAAGAAUCCGGGGGGGAUGGAUGCCAAACUCGAUCUUCUCUCUCCUCACAUGGUCCGCAUUCGCAUUCCUCGGCCUCCCGCAUUCCACUGGUCCCCAGGCCAACUCGCCUACCUUAUCAUGCCUGGCAUUUCCCUCUUUCCCAUCGAAGCGCAUCCCUUCUCCAUCGCCAGCAUUGAUGAUCCCGCGGCUGCCGAGGGCAAUGCGAAAGAGAAAGGCGAAUCCUACUUCAAGGAACUCGUCUUCAUGGUCAAUGCUCGAGAGGGCUUCACUCGGCGUCUCGCGGAUGCCGCUGCAAAGGACGAUGCCAAGGCUACCGUACUAUUGGAUGGUCCCUAUGGUGUCUCACCCGAUCUGAGCUGCUCCGAUACAAUUGUCUUAAUUGCAGGUGGCACCGGGAUUUCUUACACUCUUCCGCUACUUCUUUCCGUUAUUAGCAAGAAGACAGCUCGCAGAGUCGUAUUCCUGUGGGCAAUUCGCGAUAGGAGCCAUUUGGGCUGGGUAUCCGCGGCGAUUGCGAAAGCUCUUGCGACCACACCACCGUCUAUGAGCAUUUCGAUUCACAUCCAUCUCACUUCUUCUCCGCAGGAGCCGCUCCCAAACUCCCCGGAGGCCUGGGAUGACGACUCUGUUCACAAUGGGCGUACGAGAGGCGCUCUCACCAACCAAGAGUCCUCUGAGUCGAUUGGGAAGGAGAAGGCCGGGUCUACGAUCUCCACUCUGCUGGACGUAGAUGCCGUGACGGUUCAGGAUGGAAGGCCGAAUAUCGGUGCCCUCAUGAAGGAAGAACUCGACACCGCUACGGGUCGCAUGACUGUCUGCGUCUGUGGGUCCGAGGGCAUUGCUCGAGCGGUUCGCUCUUCUCUCCUCAUCAACCCCCUUGCUGGGUCAAACAGCGUCAUUCGCGGGGCUCCGAGUAUCACUUUGCACGUCGAGUCGUUUGGUUACGCUUGAGCCAUCGGAAGACCGUGUUUCUGGCUCCGAAGGUAGAACAUUUCCUUAGAUGAGGCCCUGAGUGCUGGAUAAAUAUAUGGUAUUUGUUAUGUCUGUAGCUUGAUUACUUGGUGUACGAGUAGCUCUUUCUGGCGGCGUAUGUUUAUCCAUAUUUGAAUAC